AUGACUGACCCAAUGUUUGAAUAUCAGUUUCGACUGAUCUUGAUCGGCGAUAGCACUGUAGGGAAAUCCUCCCUGCUGAAGUAUUUCACAGAUGGCAAGUUCGAGGAGGCCUGUGAUCCAACGGUUGGGGUAGACUUCUAUGCUCGACUGGUGGAGAUCAAGCCUGGAGUCCGUGUUAAACUGCAGAUGUGGGAUACAGCGGGACAAGAACGAUUUAGGUCAAUUACACGGUCAUACUAUCGCAACUCUGUGGGAGUCAUUAUUGCCUAUGACAUCACAAAGCGACACAGUUUUGAGAACCUUAAAGUCUGGUAUGAAGAAGCUCGGGAGCACAUCGAAGCACACAAAGCAAUAUUUGUCAUUUUGGGUCACAAGUCUGAUGCUGAAGAACAACGACAGGUCACGUUUCGUGAGGGCAAACGAUUUGCAGAAAUGCAUGGACUGAAAUUCUUUGAAACUUCAGCUAAAACUGGGCAAAAUGUGGAAGAAGCAUUUGCUGAGAUAGCAAAAGACACAUACCAGCACUUGCAGGAGGGUCAUAUAAAAAUAGAGCAAGGUUGGGAUGGAGUUAAAGCGGGAUAUGCCAAACCGAAGGAUGCUGUUCACUUGGCAGAAGGUCAAGGAGAGAGUCGGUGUUGUUAA